AUGUUGUCUUCUUCGCUUGCCGUCCGAUCAGUUAUCGGCUUCAAGCAGUCGGCGAUGCCUUCUCUCAGGGCGUUUCGUACGUGUGCCCCAUUGACUGGAGCAGCUUUGGUAAGUCCUGCUAGACCAACUAAGACCAUUCCGUCUUCUGCGGGACACUUCAAGUUGGAACGUCAAGUUUUCGUCGGCACGUUACCUUUGUUGCCACUGUCGUAUGUUGUUCACGGAACUGCUAUGGAUUGGCUUGUGACCGCUGCUAUUGUCGCUAACUGUCAUUUGUAAGUCCUUUUUUUACAGUUUUUCCUUAUAGGCGUUUUUAUAUCCAUUUUGGAUUGUGUUUAGUCAAUGUCAAUAUUGUUUUAGUGGAGGUCAUGCUGUUCUCACCGACUAUGCCCGCCCAAUUGUGAUUGGAGAAGGUGCUGCUAAGGCCGCUCAUUACUUGUCGUAUGUUGGAACCGCUUUGCUGGCCAUUGUCUUGAUCAACUUCAACAUUAACGACGUCGGAAUCACUCGUGCUUUUGAAUUGGUAUUCAGCUUGUAA